ACCUUCCACCUUAUUCUGGUGACGAAGACGAUCGUAGUGAUGGUAGUAUAUGGGAUAAUGAUGUGCAUGAAUUUUAUGAUGAAGAUAAUCAUCAUCAAACGCAAGAGACAUAUAGUGAAGCAGAAGAAUUAUAUGUUGGUUCUUAUGAAGAUGGCAUAGGUUUAAGUGAUGAUGUGAAACAUCUUGACGAGCAAAUGGAGCAAAAUGAUCUUCCUAGUGAUAAACUUAGUGACCUGCGUGAAGACAUUUUUAAUGAAGACUCGUUAAAUGAUAUUAACGAUUUUGUUGAGAACCUUGAUGAGUCUUCAUUUUACGAUCAGACGUUUGAUAACGAUAAAAUUAUUAAAAGUGAAAUAGAUACUGAAACAUCAGAAACUAAUGAGCAAAACACUUCCAAGGUAUCAAAAGAGUUUGAAGAGGAUGUAGAUGUCGAAACAUCAGAAAUAAAUGAGCAAAACACUUCCAAGGUAUCAAAAGAGUUUGAAGAGGAUGUAGAUGCCGAAACCUCAGAAACAAAUGAGCAAAAUACUCCCAAGGUAUUAAAAGAGCUUGAAGAGGAUGUUGAUGAUAAUAUACCAUCAACAACAGAAUUUGAUGACGGUAAGGAAUAUGAUUUCUCAAGUGUGUAUGAUUCAAAGGAAAAUGAUCUGUUCGCUCCAAUCGAUGAUGAAUGGGCGGCUGAAUAUACUGCAAGUGAGUUAGAUCCAACGAUAAAUGACAAUGAGAUAAUAGUCUCCCCAGGGAAACGUGAGAGACCUUAUACGAACGAUAAUGAAG